UAAAGAAUUUUGGUCUAAUUUCAUUAAACAUUUUGAAGCUUAUACAAGAAAUAAUUUACUUCUAUUCACAAGCUCCAACACUGCAAGCACACACAAUAUGAAUCAUCAUAAGUGUGUUAAUAAGUUACUUAGAGGGUUAAAAAUAUUAUCAGAAAGUAUUAACCAGUUUCUUCAAGAAUAUUAUGUUGACUUAUAUACAAAAUUAAGCAAAUUAUCAUGGGGUCCAUUUGCACCAAGAUCAUUUAGAAUUUUUCCAAUGAUAGCCAUUAACUUUAAUACUAUUAGUGACUAUUAUUGGGAUGAUCAUGAUGAACCAAAUAGCCUAUAUGUUUUAGUUGCACUAGUCCUCAGCUUCAAGUAG